AUGGACAAGGUUGUAGAAGAGGUUGAAAAAGUGAAGAAGGAAUGGGACGAAGCUUACACCAAAACACAAGAUCACAUUAAAUCAAUUCAAGAGUACGGUAAAUCAGGAAGAUCCAAAGAGGAUCAAAACAAUUCACUUGCUAGAUUGAAUGGUAUUGCUCAGGAUGGUUUAGCGCUUCUCUCUUCUCUGCAUUUCAACCUCGAUCUUCACGCUCCACAGUUGCCUACUCAACAAGAGGUUGAUUCUGCUCGUGAAUUGCUUCAGUCAUGGAAAACCCUAACUCAAAAUUUGCGUAUGAGUUUGCGGAAUGCUAAUCUACAAGCCAAGGCUAAUUUAAGGAAAGCUGCUCAGGAGGAGAGAGAACUACUUCUAGGUGGUGGAGAAGAGUCCACAGUCCGCAGACGCAAUUUGCAGACAAAAGUUGGAAUGACCUCUGCAGCAGAAAGCAUCACAGAAAGCCUACGUCGUACUCGUCAAUUGAUGGUUCAGGAAGUUGAAAGAAACACAAGCACACUUAUGACUCUUGAUGAAUCAACAGGAGUGUUAACAAAGGCUGAAGGUGAAUAUAAAGGGCACCGCUCAUUGUUGAUGAGAACUAGAAAUCUUCUCUCCACAAUGCAACGUCAAGAUAUUAUAGACAGGGUGAUACUUGGGGUUGGUUUUUUAUUGUUCUCCCUUGCCGUUCUUUAUGUUGUUUCCAAGCGUAUUGGAAUACUUGCCUUACAGAGAAAAGUUACCGGGGCCAUAAAAGCUGGUAUGAUGGGGCAUGCGGAGCUGAGACCACAAGCUGUUGCAGAGGACAUGAAUCUUCAUCAAAUCAGAGUUGAUCAUGUUCAUAAUAUAGGUGCUCCUCCUUUAGAACAACAAAUACGUGAUGAGCUUUGA